AUGAAAACAUUAAUAACUCUUCAUAAUUUUGAUUUUAUAAUUGAGAUAGUUGAAUUAAUAUCAGAGUAUAGACCAGCACUUGGGUAUCUGUGUAAAUAUAAAGAUAUUCAAAGUGAAAUUUUUUUAUCACCUACUAAUGCAAUCUCAAGUGUUUAUUUAAAAAUAAUGAAAACAGCAACAAAGUUUUCAGAUCCAGCUAUAAUGGGAUUUGAUAGCCCAAUUAUAUUCAAUAUUUUAAUUCAAGACCUUCCUUUUCAAGU